UAUCGGCAGUGGAGAAAGUGAGAGGGAAAACUGGAACAGGAAGAACGAACCUGUUUAAUUCCCCCAAAUCGGAAGUUGAUCCUGAAACCCUAAAUAGCCCUUAACGUUGUGUCUAUGUUUUUGAAUUAUGGACGCGAAGGAUAUCCUGGGAUUGCCCAAAAACUCGUUCCCAUCUCUCGAGAAGAAAUCUCGUCCUCCCAAAGAGUCUCAAAGAAAACCAGAUGGCAUUUCGCGCGAGGUGUAUGCGCUUACGGGCGGAUUGGCCUCUCUCAUGCCUGCAAUUGAAGCCUCUCAGUUGAAGAAAAAGCCUCUUCCUCUCGAAAAAAUCACUUGGCAGUGGCUUCCUUUCACCAGUUCUGCUCGUAAAGAUAAUCUUCAUCUUUACCAUUGGGUACGAGUCAUCAAUGGUGUUCCUCCUACGGGGGACUAUUCUUUUGCCAAGUAUAAUAAGUCCGUUGAUGUUAUCAAAUACACAGAUGAGGAGUAUGACAAGUAUUUGUCAGAUCCUACGUGGACCAAAGAGGAGACAGAUCAACUAUUUGACUUGUGUGAGAGAUUUGAUCUCCGAUUUAUUGUAAUAGCUGAUAGGUUUCCAUCAUCUCGGACUGUAGAGGAAUUAAAGGAUAGAUAUUAUAGUGUUUCCCGGGCUAUAUUGAUUGCUAGGGCUCCAUCUUCUGGAGAUGUUGUGGCACAUUCUAUUGUUAAGGAACCGUAUAAUGUUGCACAAGAAAUGGAGCGAAAAAGAGCACUGUCCAUGGUCCUCUCUCAAACAAGGCAACAAGAACGAAGAGAUGAAGAGGUUCUUGUUGAAGCAAAAAAAAUAGCUGAAAAACGCCUACCUCCCAAGGUUGCUGGACAGUCUCAGUUUGUUGCUUCUAAUGCUGGUGCAGAAGCUAUAGAGAGGGCUGUCCCUGGUGAAACCGUAUCUCCAUCAAAUGUGCAACUUCCAAUGGUUGCUCCAGAUAAUGCAUCUACUCUGGCUUCUCUUCGCAUGUUUGACAGAGAAAUAUUUCAGCUUCGUGUAUAUUUGAGAACAUAUGCACUUGAGCAAAUGGUGCAAGCUGGGAACGCAUCAGCUGGACUUCGGACUAUCAAACGGAUUGAGCAAACUUUGCAAGAUCUUGGGGUCAAUUUGAAACCAAGGGUUCCAACGAAAGCUGUUUGUGCAGAGCAUCUUGAAUUAAGAAAAGAAAUACUAACAUGGCUUAAUCUCCAGAAACAGGUGCAAUAUAAAGAGGCUGAAGGUUCCUCCUUUCGUGAUGGGUCAUAUGGUGAAACACCUGGCACACCAAAGCAUUUACAUCGUGGUGGGGAUCAGGAUCGAACAUUUAUUCCAGAUUCAAUGAAUUUCGGAGUGGAAAGGGUAGGCAAAAAGGACCAAAAGCGCAAGGCACCUGGAGCUCCAUCAGCUCAUAAAAGACCUAGAAAACUAAAGGCCUCAGAUCUUUAGUUUCUCAGGUGGCAACCGGGAAAGGUGUUUCAAUUCACAGAAUUCUUUCAAUCAAAAUUAUGAAUGUUGUGGAAGGUGGCUGUGAACUCAACACCUGAAAAUUCGGAUUGUGGUAUAUCUAGUCCAACUGAAAUUCGGUUCACUUCGGUCUAAAAUUUUAAACUAAUGCCACUCUUGGUAUUCGAUGUAAAAAGAAAAGUGGGAUCCCUGAGAUGAGUGAGAUCUCCCAUCUUAACCAUGUCCUGAGAAGCUGGACUUUAUUUCUUGUGCUGCUAAGGAUUUGUAGAAUUGUAGGGAUACCAGGUACAAAAGAGGCAUCUUAUUGGAAUAUGCAUGUAUAUAAGUUUGACAUGGGAAUUUCGGAUGACUUUGAUAGCUUAUGAAGAUAAUUUUAUUGUCAUUGUAAGAAAAUCGUGGAAUAGCACAGGAGCAUAAGGAAGAAGCCAGGAGUAACUGAUUGAACUUAUCACCUUCCCAUAUCUAUAACUAUUAAUAAUGGGAAUUAUCCAAUUUGGUGUACAUAUUUCAUUGGAUAAUUUUAUCAUUAAACCACUUCUUAAAUUUUUUUAUUC